AUGUACAUCAACUGGGUUCAUCACUAUGUCCCCAAGAUUUCGUUCGUGCUGUCUCUCAUCGCUAACCCUCUGUUCAUCUAUUUGGUGAUAACCUGUAAAAAAACCCUUUUUGGGAGCUAUCGAUAUUUAUUGUCCUUUUUUGCAACGUUCAACUUGUUGGCCUCGUUUUCGGAUUUGGCGACUCCAGUGUGUGUAUUCAACUAUCGCUAUGUGUUUGUAACUUUUGUGGCGGAUGGUCCUUUUUCUUGGAAAUCAAAAUAUGGAGAACAACUUCUAUACUAUCGAUGUGGAAUCGUUUCUGGAACCUAUGGGAUUCUGAAUGUUCAUUUUGUGUUUAGAUACCUGACUCUAAAAAGAAACGCUUUCGUUAACAAACAUUUUAUGCCUUACGGGUUGAUUCUAGCAAUCAUGUAUGUUGCCGCUCACAUUGCUAUUUGGGCGGCGGUCACGGGUCUUUGUCUCCACUCGGCUCAAGAGAUGCGUGAUUACAUCCGAGAACCAUUCAAAGCGCUUCAUAAUGAGAGUUUUGAUGAUAUCACAUUCGUGGCCGGCUUGUUUUCAGAAACCACCGCCGAGAUAGCUGAGAGAUCAUGGACCGGAAUAGUAUUGUUGACAGUUAUAGCGAGUUACUCUAUUGUUUUGUAUAUUGUCCUGGGAUAUAAAAUCGUCACCGGUAUAAACACUAAAUCAUCAACGAUGAGUAAGCAGACGGCUCAAAUGCAAAAGCAAUUAUUCAAAGCGUUGACAAUCCAGACGAUCAUUCCAAUUUGUGUCAGUUUUAUGCCAUGCUCAUUGAGCUUUUAUGGAGCAGCGCUGAGGAUUGAUUUUGUGAAUUGGGUCUACUGGGGCGCCGCUGUGGCUGUUUCAUUUUUUCCAUUUCUGGAUCCGGUAGCAGUCACCCUUUUUCUACCAACUCUUCGAAAGAGGCUUAUUUCAUUUGGUCAUGUUGAUAAUUCCGUUCAUCAACACUACUCGGAUACUUCUGUAGGACAUUAA